AUGCAGAACCAGAAAGAGGCAGACAAAACUGUCUUUGUGGCUAAUUUAGGCAGUUCAGCUAAUGAGGAAAUUAUUUUCGAGCUAUUUUUGCAGGUAGGCUCCCAUUGUCCACAGGCUCUACCAUUUGACGAAAUGAAUGGCAAUGAAUGUGUGGGUGAAAUGAAACCACUGGUGUUUACUCCAGCUGAACUGUCUGCCUGUCUGGGUGUAAUCAUUAGUCCUAACAGUUGCAACUAAAACGAGAGUUUCUAUUCGACAAAUUCAGGUAGGUCCUUCCCCGUUUAGUUCUGUUUGCUUCUGUUUAAGAAACGAUUGUAACAGAAUUGGCAUAAUGAAAACACCCCUGGUGACAGUGGCUGCAGCUCAAUUUAGCAGGUCUUACAGUUUGCUCUCGCUGUGGGUGGAAAUUAAUUUGUGUUUUAAGUCAAUUUAAAAUACAUGUUGGCCUAAUUUGUUUGUCUUAUUUUUCAUGAGGUAGUGUCAUUGGUUUGAAUUCUAGCAAGCCAAAUCACCUUUUACACUAAAUGUGAAGGACAUGCAGAGAUAAUAAGAUGGAAGAGAGUCAUGAUAAGGCCACAUCCAGUGAUGUUGGUGGCCACAGGUGAAAUGCAACAAAAAGGAAGUUGCACAGAGAUAUUAUUCCUUAAAUGUAAAAAGAAUUCAUCAUCUGCAUCUGGUGUUUCUAGUUUACAUCCUGUCUGUGCCUUGUUACAUACCACCAGGCUGGGCCACUGAAGAAGGUCACCAUCGCCCGAGACCGUGAGGGUCGCCAAAGGUCAUAUGGGUUUGUGUAUUACAAGCAUGCUGAAGCUGUACCCUAUGCCAUUGCCUUGCUGAAUGGCACUUGGCUCUUUGGCCGUCAAAUCAGGCUGCAGUACGGCACCGGUAGGUCAGUGUUUUUUGUCAUCAUUAAGAAUCCAUUCACAGACCGUUUUGAUCAGCUUUCAACUCACCCAUUUGGACUUAUGAAGUUUGCAGAGCAGCAAUUUAGCAUCAGGACAUUUCCAAAACCUUUUAAUUUACAAUUUGCUCUCUACAUGAAGCAGGAUGUGUUCUUAAAGUAACUGUUGUUUCAGCUGCUUAGGGAUAUCAGUGCAUUGUAGAUAGGUAGGGUGAAGGUUUUUAGGCCCUCCCCCUUUCCCCCUUGUAGGUAGCUCCCACCAGGAUGGGGGAUCUGGACCUCAAGGCACAGAGGAUGACCGUGAUGACCCUUCACAUGACACACCCAGGUGAAUCAGGCCAGACCAUGUCAUUUCAGAGCAUCUUAUUUUUGGCUAAUGUUAUGAACAGAUUUAAUCUAAUCCUUGACCAUCUGUUUAUUCUUCUUAGUGUGAACGUAGGUCUCCCAGAGUCAUCUGUGUUCCACUUCACAGGGCGUGCUGAUGUCAGCCUCUCCUGCCAGGACCAGUUCCACUGGAACAACAUGGUGAGGACUCACUGGGAAUUAGAGGGAGAUAUUUUCAACAUUCAGUACUUUGAAUGCAUUCAGUUGUGCAACUGACUAGGUAUCCCCCUUUCCUUUCCUUGUAAAACUAAUUAAGUGCUUGACUAACAGUUUUUUUUGUGUGUUGUAGGUGCAUGGCUACCCUUGUGAGCAGUACCCUCUGAGUAUCACCCCUCCCCAGCCCCACUACUAUGUCCCCCCCUCAUCCUUGUGUCCCCCUAUUGCCCCCCUGCUGCCCUGGCCAGGAUACCCCCAAUGGGCCCCUACACGACCCCCCUGUCCCAGCCAGGGUCAGGCCCCCCUGCUCCCCCUGCCUCCCAGCUCUACCCAGCCCAACAAGCAGACAGCUCACCAAAGAGAAGGGCCUAAGAGGCAGACAGCUCAGCAAGGAGAAGUGGAGCCUGCAAAGCCGCACAAACACAGAAGAAGCAGGGAGAGCAGACUGCAGAGGCGCAGGAACAGAUGCAAAAAGUGA